AUACAAAUGACAAGCCAGCAAUUAAUCAGUUCGAAACAAACUCUGCGAAAAUGAGCUCGAAAUUGGCUCUCUGCCUGUUGAUAGCACUUUGCUGCGGCUUGGCUGUGGCCAAGGAUGUUCAGCAGGACAGCAUCGAGGAUCAGGAUGCUUACACAGAAGAUGAUUACCUGAAUGAUCCGAGCAGUGAAGCCGAUCAGGAACUUAACUCCAUUGACACGACACGUCAGGGUCAAAAGCGGAUUUUGAUAUAUCCCUUCUCUCCAAGUUAUCCCAGCUAUCCCAGCUAUCCCAGUUACCCCAGCUAUCCGGAUUAUUACCCGGACUGGCCCUAUGGAUAUCCAAGCUAUCCGCACUAUCCCAGACCAAGACCGGAGGAUCCCGAAGAUCCCCAAGAUCCAGUGCCACCACCGCCGCCACCACCACCGCCACCACCACCACCACCACCACCACCACCACCAGCACAUCCACAUCCUGGUCAUCCUCAACAUCCUGGUCAUCCACAACAUCCUGGCUACCCUGGUCAUCCCGGUUCAUAUCCUGGCUACCCCUAUCCUGGCUAUCCGUAUCCUGGCUAUCCGUAUCCAGGUUACCCUUAUCCCAGCUACCCUAAGCCCAGCUACCCGAAGCCCGGACGUCCUACACCCAGGCCAACCAGACGCCCAACUAAGGCAACCACGACGACCCAGCCCCAGAUCUGCAAGAAAAUAAUUCCACUGGGCAUUGUCUGCUUCUAA